CUGGAUGACGAGGACUUCGAGGCCGACUUCCAGAAGUUCGAGGCCGACACCAGGGACUCCGACUUCGAGUUCGACUUCCAGGAGGAUAGCGACGACGAGGUCAUCGAGAUCAAGCCGCCCACCGUCAAGACGUCCAUCUCCAAAGAUGGCUUGGGCACCAUGACUACUGCUGGUUUUGAUGACCCUGCGGAAAGGUCAUUGAAAAGGAAGAGGAAGAACCAAUUCAGGGGUAUCCGCCAGCGCCCCUGGGGUAAGUGGGCUGCUGAAAUCAGAGAUCCUCGCAAGGGUGUGCGUGUCUGGCUCGGUACUUUCAACAGUGCUGAAGAAGCUGCAAGAGCUUAUGAUGUUGAAGCACGCAAGAUUCGUGGCAACAAGGCCAAGCUUAACUUUCCAGAGGAGCAAACAGUUGCUCCAAAUUUCCGCCCUGCUGCUCUUAAAGUACGCAAGUCAAAAGAAGUACAGAUACCUGCCGUUGCACCAACAGUCAACAACAUUGCCAAUACAAACCAGCCACCUGAUCAGCCUGAUAACGUGUCAUUUGUUCCUGCAAUGAACUCUGCUGCCCCUGUUGAAGCUCCUGUCAUGAAUCUGUACUCUGAUCAGGGGAGCAACUCUUUUGGCUGCUCUGACUUGGGUGAGUCUGCGCUUGUCCAGAGCAACACCUAUAGCUAUGAGUCUGGGACUGUCCAGAGCAACACCUACAGCUAUGAGUCUGCGCUUGUCCAGAGCAACACCUACAGCCAAGUGGUGCCUCCUGUUAUGCAUAACAGUGCAGUUGAUCUCACCGAUGGGCUGGAGGAUUUAGAACCUUAUCUGAGGAUUCUCAUGGAUGAUGUUGUGGAUGAACCGAUUGACAACUUUCUGAAUCUUGAUGAACCUCAGGAUGUCCUCGGCAACAUGGACCUUUGGAGCUUCGAUGACAUGCUCAUCCCUGGCGAAUUUUAUUGA